AUGCCGCUUGCUCUCACUUUACCAAAUGCAGGGAUAUGUAUGUUGCUUCUGGUGUCAAAUCUGCUCCUUUGGGAGCAUGUGGCCUCCAAACCAACUGGACCUAUGUCCAUUGAAGAUCUGUAUUAUCGAGUGGUUGAUCAGUCUCAUACCACAUAUUACCUGGCUGCAGAUUUAUACCAUGAAUUUGACAUGAAAUAUUUCAAUAGCAGUUGGAUCAAGGAUCGGAGGCUCAGCCUUUGCCACACUGCUUCCAUCCAUACUCCAGAGUCUCGUGAGGAAAUCCAUGAAACAAAAACUGAAGACCUUCUAAAAGCAAUGAUCAAUAUUUCCCAUGCCUGGGAAGAACCGCUGAGACACUUGGUUUCUGCAGUGCCUACUCUCCCAGGAGCUUCUGAUAAAAUGCUUAAAAGAGCCAGUGCUGUGAAGAACAGAACCCGCGUGCUUCAGGAAGGAAUGAAGAUCAUACUCAGCAGGAGCCACAAGGAAGUUGAAAAAGGUGCCUACCCUGCCUGCUCUGGACUGGCAGACUUGCAGUCAUCUGAUGAAGACACUCUCCGUUUUGCCUUUUAUGGCCUGGUCCGCUGCCUGAAAAGAGAUACUCAUAAGAUCGACACUUACCUUAAGAUGCUGAGGUGCCGAGAGAUCUUUUACAAUGAGUGUUUUUUUGAAUGA